GAGCUGUCGCGGGCAGCCGCCUCACAGCGAUGGCGGCCGAGCAGGGCCGGCGGCGGUGGCGGCUGCGGCUACGGCCGGAGACGGCAGUGGUGGAGGCAGUGGUGGGUGGCGGGGGCCUGUGACCGGGAGCCGCCCCCGGACCCGGGCACCAUGAGCCAAGGCCCCCCUACAGGGGAAAGCAGCGAGCCCGAAGCAAAGGUCCUCCACACUAAGCGGCUUUACCGGGCUGUGGUGGAGGCUGUGCAUCGACUUGACCUCAUCCUUUGCAACAAAACUGCUUAUCAAGAAGUGUUCAAACCAGAGAACAUUAGCCUGAGGAACAAGCUGCGUGAACUCUGCGUCAAGCUUAUGUUCCUGCAUCCAGUGGACUAUGGAAGGAAGGCUGAGGAACUGCUGUGGAGAAAGGUGUACUAUGAGGUUAUCCAGCUUAUCAAGACUAACAAAAAGCACAUCCACAGCCGGAGCACCUUGGAAUGUGCCUACAGGACACACCUGGUGGCUGGUAUUGGCUUCUACCAGCAUCUCCUCCUCUAUAUCCAGUCCCACUACCAGCUUGAACUACAGUGCUGCAUUGACUGGACCCACGUCACCGACCCCCUUAUAGGAUGCAAGAAGCCAGUAUCUGCCUCAGGGAAGGAGAUGGAUUGGGCACAGAUGGCUUGCCACCGAUGUCUGGUGUACCUGGGGGAUUUGUCACGCUAUCAGAAUGAAUUAGCUGGUGUAGACACUGAGCUGCUAGCUGAGAGAUUUUACUAUCAAGCCCUGUCAGUAGCUCCCCAAAUUGGAAUGCCCUUCAACCAGCUGGGCACCCUUGCAGGCAGCAAGUAUUAUAAUGUGGAAGCCAUGUAUUGCUACUUGCGCUGCAUCCAGUCAGAAGUGUCCUUUGAGGGAGCCUAUGGGAACCUCAAGCGACUGUAUGACAAGGCAGCCAAAAUGUACCACCAGCUGAAGAAGUGUGAGGCUCGGAAACUCUCUCCCAGCAAAAAGAGAUGUAAAGAUAUCAAGAGGUUGUUGGUGAACUUCAUGUACCUGCAAAGCCUUCUGCAGCCCAAAAGCAGCUCUGUGGACUCAGAGCUGACCUCACUUUGCCAGUCAGUCUUGGAGGACUUCAACCUCUGUCUCUUCUACCUGCCCUCCUCGCCCAACCUCAGCCUGGCCAGUGAGGAGGAGGAGGAGUAUGAGAGUGGAUAUGCUUUUCUCCCGGAUUUGCUCCUCUUUCAGAUGGUCAUCAUCUGCCUUAUGGGUGUGCACAGCUUGAAGAGAGCAGGAUCCAAGCAGUACAGUGCAGCCAUUGCCUUCACCCUGGCCCUCUUCUCCCACCUCGUCAAUCAUGUCAACAUACGACUGCAGGCUGAGCUGGAAGAGGGCGAAAACCCUGUUCCGGCCUUCCAGAGCGAUGGCACAGAUGAACCAGAGUCCAAGGAACCACUGGAGAAAGAGGAACCAGAUCCUGAGCCUCCUCCCACCUCAGCACCCCAAGCUGGUGAGGGCAGAAAGAGCCGUAAGUUCUCCCGCCUCUCCUGUCUCCGCCGCCGCCGGCAUCCGCCCAAAGGUGGUGAUGACAGCGACCUGAGUGAAGGAUUUGAGUCUGACUCAAGCCAUGACUCAGCCCGGGCCAGUGAGGGCUCGGACAGUGGCUCAGACAAGAGUCUGGAAGGUGGGGGCACAGCUUUUGAUGCCGAGACAGACUCGGAGAUGAACAGCCAGGAGUCCCGAUCAGACCUAGAAGAUAUGGAGGAUGAGGAGGGGACGCGAUCUCCGGCUCUGGAGCCCCCUCGGGCCAGAUCAGAGGCUCCUGAUUCUCUCAAUGGCCCUCUGGGCCCCAGUGAGGCUAGCAUUGCCAGCAACCUACAAGCUAUGUCCACCCAGAUGUUCCAGACCAAGCGCUGCUUCCGACUGGCCCCAACCUUCAGCAACCUGCUCCUCCAGCCCACCGCUGACCCUCAUGCCUUGGCCAGCUGCAGGCCCUGUGUUAAUGGGGAUGUGGACAAGCCCUCAGAACCAGCAUCUGAGGAGGGCUCUGAGUCAGAGGGGAGUGAGUCCAGUGGACGCUCCUGUCGCAAUGAGCGCAGCCUCCAAGAGAAGCUGCAGGUCCUGACAGCUGAGGGCCUGCUUCCUGCUGUGAAGGUCUUCCUAGACUGGCUGAGGACCAACCCUGACCUCAUCAUCGUGUGUGCUCAGAGCUCUCAAAGUUUGUGGAACCGCCUGUCUGUGUUGCUGAAUCUGUUGCCAGCUGCUGGUGAACUCCAGGAGUCUGGCUUGGCCUUAUGUCCUGAGGUACAGGAUCUUCUGGAAGGUUGCGAAUUGCCCGACCUCCCCUCAAACCUACUGCUCCCGGAGGACAUGGCACUUCGCAACCUGCCUCCCCUCCGGGCUGCUCACCGACGCUUUAACUUUGACACGGAUCGACCCCUACUCAGCACCUUGGAGGAGUCGGUGGUGCGCAUCUGCUGCAUCCGCAGUUUCGGUCAUUUUGUCGCCCGCCUGCAAGGCAGCAUCCUGCAGUUCAACCCAGAGGUCGGCAUCUUUGUCAGCAUUGCCCAGUCUGAACAGGAGAGCCUGCUGCAGCAGGCCCAGGCACAGUUCCGCAUGGCACAGGAGGAAGCACGGCGGAACAGGUUAAUGAGAGACAUGGCUCAGCUUCGGCUUCAGCUCGAGGUCUCUCAGUUGGAGGGCAGCCUGCAGCAGCCCAAAGCCCAGUCAGCUAUGUCUCCCUACCUUGUACCUGACACCCAAGCCCUCUGCCACCACCUCCCUAUCAUCCGCCAACUGGCCACCAGUGGCCGCUUCAUUGUCAUCAUCCCAAGGACAGUGAUUGAUGGCCUGGAUUUGCUGAAGAAGGAACACCCCGGAGCCCGGGAUGGGAUCCGGUACCUGGAGGCAGAGUUUAAAAAAGGAAACAGGUACAUUCGCUGCCAGAAAGAGGUGGGGAAGAGUUUUGAGCGGCAUAAGUUGAAGAGGCAGGAUGCAGAUGCCUGGACUCUCUAUAAGAUCCUGGACAGCUGCAAACAACUGACUCUAGCCCAGGGGGCAGGGGAAGAGGACCCAAGUGGCAUGGUGACCAUUGUCACAGGACUACCACUGGAUAACCCCAGCACGCUCUCAGGACCCAUGCAGGCAGCCCUGCAGGCCGCUGCCCAUGCCAGCGUGGACAUCAAGAACGUUCUGGACUUCUACAAGCAGUGGAAGGAGAUUGGUUGAGGCUGACUCCGAGGCCCUGCGCAGGGCUGACACCAGAUCUCUCCUGCUCUCCCUGGCAGCCGGGACCACCACCUGCAGCCACCCCACCACACGUAGACUCACGCACACACACAGGAAGGAAGCCCAGCUGUGCGGAGCUGCAGGGAGGUCCCAGGAGCCAACUGGGAGGGUGGGGUCCCUUGUUGCCAAGAUGAUGUCAGGAAAGUGAGGAAAGUGCUUGGAGCAGGAGAGGCCUGGGCUGGGCUCCUUGCCAGCCUUCCUGCCUUAACCCUCCUGCUGUCCCCUGGGCAGAAGGCAGGCAGCAGGCAUAGGUGUCGGCAUUUCAUUGGAGUUGUUCCUGGACCUCUUGAGGGGAAGGGACAGCAGAAGGGGCCCUUCGUUCUGCCCACGGUGCAGGUGGUUGAGGCCGGGAGUGUGGACCCUCUAGGCCCUGGGGGAAGAGUUGAGUAAUACAAGCGUCUGGGUGGUUCUUUGCAGAACCUUCCCCUCCUCAAGGACCACCCAUCUUCCUUUCAUCUCCCUUUGUGGGGCAGAACUAUUCUGGAGCCCAUUGUGGGACUCUGUGAAAGCAGGACCUGGAGCAGCCUGCGCUGUGUUGCAGAGAUGGGGUUUAUGUCCCCCCUCCUGCUGCAGAAGCCACACACUCAGUUGCCCCACUUCUGCUCUCUGUCUGCCUGUCUAUCUCCCAGGACAGGGGCAGCCCCAUGUGGGGCUGCAGGCAGUUUGGCCUGUACCAGCAUGGUUUCCUGUGCCACCAGCCCACAGUUGCUAUGCUUUGUGCUCUUGGUUGCUGUGCUGGGGCAGAGUGGGGUGCAGGCUAAGGCCACCCCCUUACUAUCCAGGGAGGGCUAAAGACAAGGGGCUGGCUUUCAGUGGGCCAUAGAAAGGAGAGGCCUAUGGAAGCCAUCAGCCAGAACUGUCCUGAUGGGCUUCCCUCCUUCAGGAUUAAAGACCUGGUGGGCUGAGCAUCAGCUGGCUUUUGGAGUGUCCAAGUGACCAUGUGGGAGCAGAGAUCAUGAAUAGCUCAGGGCAGUGAAUGUCACACAGAGCAGGCCUAGAAGUGGGAGGUUUUGGCCCAGACACUUCAGUCCUCCCCGCAGGCUGCAAGUAGAGCAAGGCUGGGGGCUGGGGAGGAGGGUCUCAGUCCUGCCCCCCAGCCCAGCCCACCCAGUGCUGGCCUAGCUUCCAGAAUGCUGAGAGGAGAGCUGGCUUCUAGCAGCCACCUCUAAGAGCAUGUCUGGAAACCUGGGGGGAGCAGUCACACCCACCCCCAGUUCCUGGCAGAGACUGAGACUAAAGCAUCACUUAAUAAAGACCCCCCAAGCCCAUGCCUGUCUGCCCGAGUCUCACUGGGGAGCUGGGGUGUUGGAGAUGCUGCUGGAGUGCACCUCAGGAAUGGGGACAAAGUGCAGGCGACCUGAGUGGAGUCCCUGGAGAUGGCUUUAUAAUUGUCAUUCUUUGACCUCAUGGACCACAGUGGCUUCUUCCCACAGGGUGAUAGGCCAAAACAGUGCUUCCUGGGUUUGGUGUGCUGUCCCAAGGGAGGUAAGCCUGGAAACCAACCUUUGUGCCUGUCCUACAAGGAUCAGCACCCAAAUGACCCUUUAUCUGGGGGUAAAUAAGCUUGGCAUAUCAUCCCUUGUGGUUGAAGUGACCUUCCCCAAAGUCAGUUUGCUCUGAGCACUUCCCAGAUAUCAGGUGCUGAGAGGCUGGAGAGUGUGGUGAAAGAUUGUUUCUGAAAUUCAGUAAAAAUCUAGGGGUUUGAGUCAGGCACAGUGGCACACACCUAUA